AUGGCAUCGAUCAUGCAACGUCGCAUGCUGUCUAAAGAGGAUGAGCAAGCAGCUGAAGAGGUCGAGGUCCGGAGAGAGGAUCAGGACAAGAUCAACAAAUUCAGUCGUCUGCACCAAAGAGAGCUCGCCAUGGAGGAAGAGCUCAAGCUGAAGAAUAAAGAAAAGGAAGAGCUAGUCGACUUGUCAACCGAGCUGGAACUUGCCGACGAAGACGAGAAAAUCCAAUUCAAAGUCGGCGAUGCCUUCUUUCACGUUCCACUGGAAGAGGCGCAAGAGAUGUUGGAACAGGCCAUGAUGAGAAUCGACGACGAGACAAGAAAAUUAGAGGAAUCGGCGAGCACAGUGCGCGAUGAGAUGCAACAACUUAAAGUUGAACUUUACGCUAGAUUCGGGAAACAAAUCAACCUCGAAACCUGA